AUGGCUAAUAGGCACCACUUGCCUCGCAUACAGAAAGAGGUAGAAAGAAGGAGGCGAGAGGUGCUGUCCCAGAACAUCGAGACCCUAGCCAGCCUGGUGCCCGGCAUCGAUCCCAAGCAGCCAAAGAGUACCCUUUUGCAAAAGGUGAACGAGUACAUCAUCAAGCUGAAGAAGGAAGACCAUAGCAAUCUCGAGAAGUGGACGUUGGAAAAACUCUUGAUGGACCAGGCAAUGUCCGAUCUUCAGGCUCAAUUCGACGACUUGAAGCGCGAG